AUGCAGAAUCUUUUCCCAGGCGGAGCAGAAAACCGAACUCUCAAGGAGCUGGUUAGUAAGCUCCUGGAAGUCGCUAAAGCCGGUUUACCGCUUGCGAACAAGUCAAAACAGGCCCAGAAGACAUUGAUUGAUGUCGGAACGGCGGCAGACAUCCUGGUAUUAACAGGAGCUGUCUACGAUCAAGUUAUGUUCGAGGAUGCUCGACGUAACUUUACCACGCCGGAUGCGCUCACCGGUUCUGAUCAGAAGAGCCGUCCCAUCAUAUUUAAGGGCAAAGCUACAGAUGACAAACUGGAGGCGCUUUCAGAGCAAAUGGCGCUCCUCACAUCGGCAGUAGAAAGUCUGCAACAAAAGAAAGGACCCACAAUCCCUUCUUAUGCGCUCGCGGCGUCAAAACAUGCCCCACAAAACACAGCAACCAGCCAAAAAACCAACUCGGCUAAACCACAAGCGCCAAAGAUGGCACCAAAACCCAAAGCAACCAACAUUAUAACGUUGGUCCAUGAGCCUGGAUCAGAGAUCACACAUCCAGGCCUUUCCAAUGCCAAGCUCAUUCAAGCGCUUACUGUAGCGUUCAAAGCGUAUAACAUCAAGAUGAAGCCGGACGAAGAAUCGACUAUUGAAAUCAAAAGUGUACGACGACACCCGUCGAAUGACAUUGAUAUCAUCUUUGAGACCGCUGCUCACGCAUCCAAGAAAGCUGCCACGGUUUCUAAACGGAUUGAUGAAGACAUGUCGUAUUGUGAAGGCGAUGAUUCCUAUUCUUGA